AUGUUAAAUGACUUGAGCAAUAAAAAAUUAAAAGAAGAAUUCAAAAAGUAUCAGAAAUACUAUGUAGAGCUCCUAAUUUCAGAAAAACAGAAACAUUUUGAAAGUGUCAUUCAGAACUCAAAUAAUAUCACCAAAACAUCAUGGUCACUAGUAAAUAGAGAAAUAGGUAAAUCUGGGAACCAUACAACCGAAAAUCACUUGCUGAUAAAUGGCACAAUAGAAACUGAUCAGAAUAAGAUAGCAGAUCUAUUUAACAAUUACUUUGCUUCUGUUGGCUCCAGCAUAAACAAUCAGCUUAAAAAUCAUAAAUACAAAUUCAGAGGAACUCCAGUGUCAGGAAGUAUAUUUUUGAUGCCAACAAGUAAAGAAGAAAUAAUUAAAAUAGUGAGUAGCUUAAAGAAUUCCCAUGCAGCAGGAUAUGAUGGUCUUAGUCUGGACACUCUUAAGAAAUGUAUACAUAAAAUUGCAUCACCUUUAUCAACAAUUAUCAAUUCUCAUAUGGAAGAUGGUUUAUUUCCAGAUGAGUUUUCAAAAAAGGAAACAGGAAUUUAG